GCUCGACCGGGGCAGGGCAGGAACGGCGGCAGCCGUCGUUAUUGUUCGGUGUGUUGGCGAACGUCAAUGUGUGAACCGAGGGAGCUGCGCACCCGAGCCGUUGGCUCCAACGGCCGCCGGCGCCAGCGAUCUAAACCGAAUAUGGCACCAGCAUCAGAUGACUUUGGAUCAGAUGGCUUUUCGCCAAAUGCUGGUACAGACAGACUGCAUCAGGCAAUGGCAACAGAUACAUCUCCAGACUCUAAAUGUCCCAUAUGCUUGGACAGAUUUGAAAAUGUGGCCUACUUGAACCGUUGUUACCACAGAUUCUGCUUUCGAUGUGUGCAGGAGUGGUCCAAAAACAAAGCAGAAUGCCCACUCUGCAAGCAGCCUUUUCACUCUAUCAUCCAUAGUAUGCGGUCUGAUGACGACUUUAAGGAAUAUAUUGUACGGCCUUCAGAGAAUGGAUCUUUUGCUAGUCCAAAUGGGAGACGAUUCCGUUACAGGACUACAUUAACAAGGGAACGGCGUACAUCAGUUUUUCCACGAAGAAAUUCUUCAUCACGAAGGAUAGCAUCUCCUCCAGACAAUGGUAUAUUGUUUGAAAGCUUGUCGAGUCAACCACCAAGGCGCAGAGAUGCAGAAAUGCACCGGAUGAUGAGACGUCUUUCAUCACUGCGACAGGCUAGCUUGGAAGGUAGAUCUAUGCGACAGAUUCAAGAACAGGAGAUUAUUAACUUUCGAAGGGCUCUGUAUCGCUCUGGUAUACGUGUCAGAAACAUUGAAGAUGGAGGUCGUUAUAGAGACAUAUCUGCUGAAUUUUUUCGCAGGAAUCCUGCCUGCCUUCACAGGCUGGUUCCAUGGUUAAAGCGUGAGUUGACAGUCCUAUUUGGUGCUCAUGGUUCCUUAGUCAAUAUUGUACAACAUAUCAUCAUGAGCAAUGUGACUAGAUAUGAUGUGGAGAGCCAGGCAUUUCUUGCUGAUCUAAAACCUUUCUUACUGGAUCGCACAGAACACUUUUUACAUGAGUUCAUUAGCUUUGCACGAUGCCCUUUUAACAUAGAUGCCUAUGAUCAGCAUGCAAACUAUGAUUGUCCUGCUCCAUCGUAUGAAGAAGGAAGCCGCUCCGAUUCCUCCAUCAUUACAAUCUCCCCAGAUGAAGCGGAUUCCCGAGACCCAGAACGUAAUGCCUUCACAACUGGAAUUGGCCAGGCACCCUGGGAUGAUGAAACACCAGGCCCCUCAUACUCCAGUGCAGCAGAGCAAGUUAGUGCUUCUGUAUCAGCCACCUUGGACACUUCAGAAAGCUCCGAUGAAGAACCCUUGGCCAAUGUAUCUGAGUCACAAAUGCAGUUGCCCGCUAGUGUGGAGACAAAUGGCGACAGUGAUGGCGCCUCUGAUAACUGUGUUAUCGUUGGCUACGUGAAGCCGCUAGCAGAGAGAACACCUGAACUUGUUGAGUUGUCUUCAGACUCUGAGGGAUCAGUUGAUGAUGGUAAAAGUGAAGAUGUGAACAAAGUGCAGCCUAUCCAGUAUCACAGUUUCAGUGAUACCGAUGCCAGUGGGUAUGCAUCGCCCUACUCUUUUGGGUCUAGGGACGACAGAUCCAGUUUUAAGGGCAAUAUAUCCCUCCCAAAUAAGCUGAAAUCCAAAAGGCAUGAAAAGGAGAAAGCUAAAACAAGGGAGUCUGCUCCCAGGAAUUGGCUGCAAAGAUCUGCUGCAAAAAGAGGUGGAGGUGAUGACAAUGAUGACUAUGGAUUAUCCAAAAGGAGGAAAUCUGAAUCCUAUUCGCGACAUUCUUACAGCAGAGAACACCGUAGCAUGAAAAGUAAGAGAAAGCAUCGCAGUGUGGAAAAACGGAAAAGGAGACGGGAUUACAGCAGGCAUAAGCACAGGAGAGAUAAGAAGAAGUCGCGAGAUGAGAGUGUGUCCCGAAACAGCCAAGCGCUCUCUCUAAGUAGUGACAGCAUUGUAUCCCGAGAUCUAAGCCGAUCCAGAUCCCGAAGCAACGACUAUAGGAGAAGACGAUCAAAAAGCAAGGACAGUGACUAUUACCUAAGAGACAGUUACCAAAGCAGAUAUUACUACUAUGAAAGGCGCAGGUCAAGAAGCCGAUCCAGCAGCAGAUCUAGGACUCCUUCUAUGGGGUCAGAGAGAAUCCGAUCCGAAAAGCCCAGUGGCAAAAGGAAGUAUAAGACUCGCCAUUUAGAGAGUGCUCACAGAGGCAGCGAAGAAACCUCUUCUACUAAAGAACGAAAUGUCCUUCAGGAGCCUUUGCCGAAAUGCAAGAACGGUUACAAAAGAAAAGAUAGCUUUUCAGACGUUCAGCUGGACCCGGAGAGCCACCCCAAAAAGAGGAGGAAAAGGUCAAGAAGCCCAAGUGUGGAAAUCAUUUAUGAAGGGAAAGCCACUGAUGCUAGGCAUCAUAAGAAGAAAAGGAAAAGGGGGAAGAGAUCGCACAAAAGCCACAAAAGCUGCUCUACAUUUUCUUCACCUGUUGUCAUUACAAUUGACAGUGACAGUGGCAAGGAGCCUGAAAACCAGGGGAAUACGGAGUAUGAUAGCAGCUUUUCCUGGAGUCCCAUAGUGCCACAAAACGAGAGGGAUACAGAGUCUCUAUGCUCCCUCUUGGAAAACCGAGACUGCAGGUUUGAUGGAACUGAUGAAUCAGAAAGUAUAGACAAGGACAGUAAUGUUCCCGCCACUGCAGGAGAUACACGAGAUGAGAUUCUAGAUGGAGUUUUACAGCUCCAGGAUACCCCCAAUGGACAUACAUCUGAUGUGUCAGAUGAUCGGUCUUUUGACACAGGGAGUCAACCUCGCAAUGUAGAAGCUGAGUUAUCAAACCAGUUGCAAUCUGUCAGAACGUCUUUGCUAUUAAGACUUUCAAAGAAACUGCUUGAACAUUCACGUGCUCGGGACUCACCAGACCAGAAAGUAUAACUUUGUACAUAAUUGUUUUUAAACAAAAAAGCAGCGGGGACUCUUUCAAUUAGAUUUUUCCAAAAAGCAAAAACUAAAACAAAAACCACACUCUUGUGGUUUGUUUGCUAAAGUUUAUGAAAUUACUUCUGUGCGAAGUAUCUCUCAUCCUUGAAUUUUUGCACUUAAAUCCAUGAAUGUUGCUUGCAGUUUUUGAACUACAUGUUAAACAAUUUCCUGUGUCACAAAACAAUACUGUAAUAUUCCUCUGUAAUAUAGAUCCCCUGAUAUGUCACUGUUUUUAAAAUUGUAAAGUUAGGACAUAAUUUUGAUGGUUGCAUUUUUUAUUCAUGUAAAGGAAAAAAAGAAAUUCAGGUUUCAUUUUGCCAUAGCCUUGAUUUAUAUAGGUUACUUUGCUCUGGGCCAGUAAGGAUCCAUGA